AUGGACGACCGGCGCGGGCGCGGCGACGCCAUGCGCCAGCGGCCGUUCGCGCACGCUGCUCAGGGGCAGGAGAGGGUGUUCGACGGCGGAGGCGGCGGCGCCGGCCCCGGGCCGGCGUUUGGAUGCGACUUCGAUCAGGGGUCGUCCCUCAUGGCGCUUCUUGGCGCCGGUGGCGUCAGCUCGUCCCAGCCACCGCUGCCGACGUGGGGCGUCGAGGAGGUGACCGCGGCGCCUGCCAUUAACCUGGUGCCUCAAUCGUUCGCCAUGACGAGCUCCGCGCCGCCGGCGCCGCCCUACCAGCAGCCCACCACGUUCGCCCAAUCGCCGCUCGGCGGCAGAAUGGAUCCCUACCCGCCGUACCUCCUCGCGGACCCGCCGCCGCAGUGGCCUCCUCCGCGAUCGACGGCGGCGGCGUCUGCGUCCUCCUUUCCGCCGCAAAAUUUCGCCGUCGUCCUCCCCAGGUACGACCAGGACAUGCAGCAGCUGCGCGCGAGCGCGCUCUUCGGCGUCGGCAGCUCGCAGCCGCACGGGCUGGGGCUGCCGUUUCCACCGCCGCCGCCGGCGGCGGCCAUCGAGCAGCCGGCGAAGGACGGGUACAGCUGGCGCAAGUACGGGCAGAAGCAGCUCAAGGACGCCGAGUCGCCGCGGAGCUACUACAAGUGCACCCGCGACGGGUGCCCCGUCAAGAAGGUCGUGGAGCGCUCCUUCGACGGGUUCAUCACGGAGAUCACCUACAAGGGCCGCCACAACCACCCACGCCCCCAGGAGCGCGGCCACGCCGGCGCCGGGAACGACGCCCUUGCCGCCGCCGAGGCGGAGGACAUGGAAGGCCCGAGCGACGACGACGACGACGACGCGUUGCAUGAGGAUGACGUCGACGGGGCUCCCGGCAUGUCAGCCGGGCAGAGGGUGGUGAAGAAGCCCAAGAUCAUCAUCCAGACCCCGAGCGAGGUGGAUCUCCUCGACGACGGCUACCGGUGGCGCAAGUACGGCCAGAAGGUGGUCAAGGGCAACCCCCAGCCGAGGAGCUACUACAAGUGCACGGCGGACAACUGCAACGUGCGCAAGCAGAUCGAGAGGGCGUCCACCGACCCCAGGUGCGUCCUCACGACGUACACCGGCCGCCACAACCACGACCCGCCGGGCCGGGGCAACGAGGCCACCGCGGCGGCGGCGGCGGGCGGCUCUUCCGCCAGCCAACCGACGCCGCCGGGCGGUGGAAGUGGGUCGUUUCAGCAGACCGGCGGUGCUCGGCAACUGAAAGAGGAGAGGUAG